AUGUCCGAGGUAAAAAAUGUUGAAGUUCAUCCACAGGUAGAUGUAAUGGAUAAAGAAUUUUUGAUUAAGUUGAUGCUGUCCAAAAGCAAAGACGUUUCUUUAAAAGCUCAAGAAAAUUCUAAAACUGUCAAAUAUGGGUUUAGAGAUCAAAAAAAUGAAGCUGAGGAAAAUGAACCCGAUUCAAACAAAAUCAUGGUGUUAAUGAAGACAGCCAAAAAUUUGGUUGCAUAUUGCAAAAGAUCCAACAUACAAAAGGCACUGGUUGAAAAAGGACUAGGCUUGAAGCAGAAAAUAGUCACACGAUGGGACUCAGAAUUCGAUAUGCUGGAGUCAAUUAAGAAAGCUAUUUCUGAAUUAAAUAUUUUGCUUCAAGACAAUCCCCAAAAAAAUUGUCUUUAUCUCUUGGACACUCCACUUAUAGAUCAUUUACUUGAAAUAUUAAACCCGAUAAAGUUGGCUACCAAGAUGUUUUCGCAGAGUAAGGUUCCAACAAUUCGUCUUAAGGCUUCAUUGAAGUACAAACUGAUUGACAACUUAAACGCUCUAGAAAAAAAAUACACAAAUUAUCAAGACAAAAAAGAUUAUGAAUAUUCAAUUUAUUUUGAUCAUCUUAAAAAGUUUGUGGCUCAUAUCAGAAAUGGUGUUGAAGAGAAAUUGAAAAUCGACAAUAUUCACAAAGCAGCGAUGCUUUUGAAUCCAAAAUUUAAAAAGCUACUCCUUUCCAAUUUAACUGGUGAUGAAUUAUGUGAUUUUAAAAAAUACAUCAAUUCGGUGCUACUGGCAGAGUUCACUGGCCACAUCCAUGAAAAUGAUACAUUGAAAAUUGUUGAAAACAAAGAACUUUUAACAGAAGCUCCUUUGCCUCCAAGCAAGAAACCCCAAAUCGAGGACGAAGUGUUCCAGUGUUAUUUUCAUCCUCUGAUAGAUGAAAAUGACACGGAAAUUAAAGAACUGGAUAAGUACAUUGCAGAAGAGACUCCUCACGUGGAUGCUGUUCAUUAUUGGUCCAGUCAUAAGAAAUAUUUCAAACUAAGAGAAGUUUCCUAUUUUCUGUUUCGAGUGUUUCGUCAGAAAGGGUAG